AUCUCGCACGUGACUUGCUUCUCCACUUCUCUUUGGCUCCACUUUCCGACUGUGUUUUUUUAGCUUCUUCCGCCAUCAAAAUCAAAACCUCCAAAAAAUUCAAUUUUUCUCAUGAAUCUCUGUUGCAAAUAUCUAUGCAUAUACGUACACAUACUCUAUGUGUGUGUACGUAUGGCUUUUUGUUGCUUGAUCAUGGCUAUCUUCAAUUCUCUCUUUUGUCUUUAUCCUGUUUCGCAGUACGAUUUAAGCAUAUUGAUUGUUGGAAUUUGGAGUUGGGAGGUCGUUGAGCUUCUCUCUCUGAAUUUGGAACUUUUGCAACCGAGGAAUUGGAAAUGGGAGCUAACUGUUGCAAAUGUUGCCAAGGAUCAGUUGAAUCGGUUCACAAUUCCACCGCCUUGACGUUAGCUGACAUAGAGGUCCAAGCUACUGCUGACCUAGAGGUCCAAGCUACUGACCUUAGGGAGGUGACUGUGGAAGAGACAAGAGAUGUUGCUGGACCAUCAGAACCAAAUCCACCAAGUCCUACCUUGAGGCCUUCACAAGUUGAGGAGAUAUCCAAGUCUGUAUGUGUGGGAGAAACCUCUAAUACUAAAGAAUCACCCAAAAAUCUUGUUCAAGAUCGGCUGUCAAGUUAUGAAGCAUCGAAUAUUCUUUGGAGUACUGGGUUCUUUUCUGACCCAAUCCCUAGUGGUUUUUACUCUGUGAUCCCGGUUGAUAGAUUGCAGCUUUUUAAAAGCAUUCCUACAAUGGAAGUAAUUAAUGCGCUGGGGAAAGAACGUUUUAAGGCUGAUGCGAUUUGUGUAGAUCUUAAGAACGAUAUACAGCUUGUUAUGAUAAUGGAGUUUUUCAUCAAAUCUGUCAAAGGAAAGGACUCAAAGGAAGUUAUCAAGAAAACUGCUGUAAUGGUGGCAGAUGUAUAUAGAAUAAAAACUCCUCUGCAGAGUCCGGCAAGAACAGUGCGAUCAUUUCAAAUUCAUGGAUUUCCACUGCUAGGAAAAAUCAAACAUGGUUCUUGUCGUGCUAGAGCAAUCCUCUUUAAAGUUCUAGCUGAUGCUGUUGGUCUUGAAAGUAAGCUUGUAGUGGGUUUCCCUAGUGAUCUGAGAUCUUCUGCUAGUGUCGACUCAUGUAAUCAUAUGUCUGUUGUGGUUGAGCACAAUAAUGUGGAAAUGCUGGUCGACCUUAAGCGAUGUCCUGGUCAGCUUACACCCUUCUCACCCAAGGCAGUUUAUAUGGCUCAUAUCUCAACGGCAUGGCAGACUGAUUUUGUAGACAAUGACUCUUGUGUUUCACCAUUGGAGCCAAACAGUCCCAUGGAACGGUCUUGUCCACCAUCUGUAUUACAAUCCGGUUUAAGUCGUUCACUAAGCGCGCCAAACAUAGCUACUGAAUUUUUUUGGAGAAAGGUCAUCAAGGAACAGCCACCUGCUGAUUUCAGCUGUAACUCAGAUGGAGGAGCGGAAUCAGAAAGUAAGAGAAUAAGGAGAAGGCGUAUGAAGACUCCUGAUCUCAACGCUGACGUUUCCAGGGCAGUAGAGCUAAUGAUGCAGAGAGACUUCUUGAAAGAGCGAGGUGAUGAUGAUUCAUCUCCUUGCUCUCCAGAUGAUGUGUCUAGUUUCCAGCUUGAUUCCCAUGACCAAGUGUCUGGUGAAAGGUCAACACUAAAUCGGCAGAAGGCAAUAUCAUUUCCAUCAUCUCCCCGAAGCUAUCAAAUCCAACCAUCUGAAAGGAGUGAACCUUCACGUAAAAAAAUAAGCCAAAUUUGGAAUGAAGUGCUGGAAUCUCCAAUGUUCCAGAAUAAUCCUUUGUUACCAUAUGAACAAUGGAACAUAAAUUUCUCCGAUUUGACAGUUGGGGCUUUUGUUGGGAGUGGAUCUUCUGGAGUAGUAUGUCGUGGCAUCUGGAAUAAAACAGAAGUUGCGAUCAAGAUGCUUUUUGGACAACAGCUUACAGCUGAGAACAUGAAAGAUUUCUGCAAUGAGAUAUCUAUUCUUAGCCGUCUUCGACAUCCCAAUGUUAUUCUGUUCCUUGGAGCAUGCACAAAGCCUCCUCAGUUAUCAAUGAUCACAGAGUAUAUGAAUAGGGGGUCCUUGUAUGAUAUCCUCCGUACCAGAAAAAAGGGGUUAAGCUGGGAAAGGAAACUAAAGAUUCUGAGUGACAUUUGCAGAGGUUUGAUGGGCAUUCACCAGAUGGGGAUAGUCCACCGUGAUCUAAAGAGUGCAAACUGCCUGUUAAACAAGGGGAUAGUCAAGAUCUGUGAUUUUGGGCUCUCGAGAAUGAAGAAUGGCACGACAGUGGAAGAUACUGAAGCUGCAGGAACUCCUGAGUGGAUGGCUCCUGAACUUAUCCGCAAUGAACCAGUCACAGAAAAAUGUGACAUCUUUAGCUUUGGUGUUAUAAUGUGGGAGCUUUGCACUCUAUCCCAGCCCUGGAAAGGAGUCCCAAAAGAAAAAGUCAUUCAUAUCGUUGCAAAUGAAGGAGCCCGGCUCACAUUACCUGAAGGACCACUACGCCAGCUUAUUGCAGAUUGUUGGUUGGAACCAGAGCAAAGGCCGAGCUGUAAAGAGAUAAUGCACCGUCUAAAGACCUGCAAGUUUCCGAUUUGCUGAUUCUGUGAGUUGUUUGUUCUUUCUGUGUGAGGCAUUAGUUGUUAAAAACUUAUUGAGUUUGUUCUCCAGAUCUCUCCGGCUUCUUCAUUGAGUUUAUCAUUAAUAAAAAUCGCUUUUUGUUUUAAGAU